AUGGUUGAAUAUGGUGCUGGUAGUAGUACAUUUUUCUUCAGUUCUUAUGUUGAUUAUUAUGUUAGUAUUGAGCAUAGUCUUGAUUAUUGCCGUGAACUUGAACGUAUGGCUGCUAGUCAACCACAUCGAUCUGUUAAAAUAUUUUAUAUGGGACGUAAUUCAUCAGGAUUUUAUAUAAAACAUUGUUUUGAACAAAAGCCAGAUAAAUUAAAUUUAACUUCAUAUAUUGAAAUUUAUUGUGUACCAAGAAAUGCAUAUUCAUUUACAGCUUAUCGUUUAUGGGCAACAGGUGGACGAAGUACUUAUACAAUGUAUCGUGAUUAUGUCGAUUUUCUUUCAAUAUAUUUUCGUGAUACAAAAUUCGAUUUUGCUUUUCUUGAUGGACGUGCGCGACCACAAGUUGCUUACGCUAUAUUAAAACAAUUAAAUGGAUCAAAUGCAAAAGUAUUUAUACAUGAUUGGAAUCAACGAAAAGAAUAUCAUAUAAUUGAACGAGAAUUUUAUAAUAUAAUUGAUCAACAAAUUGAAAGUACUCAAUCGGGUGGUGGAGGUCUUGUUGUAUUAGAAAAGAAAUCAGAAGAUAUUGGACAAAAAAAUAUUAAUGAUAUUGAAUGGAAAGAUGGAAAAGAACCAGAAUGGUGGAUUUAA